AGAAUAAAGAAGCCUCCUCUCUUCCCACUUCUCUCUUUCUUCCUUUACCAACUAAUCCCAUCACUAGCUCAGCAUCCUAUAACUCACACACCCACAGUCCUCUCCUCCAUGGAAGCACUUUCAAAGAAGCUCAUCUUCAUAUUAUUUGUCAUCAUCAUCAUCCUUGAGACUGUUACCAUUCUACCGACGGCGGAGGGGAACUGGUGCGUGGCAAGAAGUGAUGCAAGCAACCAGGCAUUGCAAACUGCUAUAGACUAUGCAUGUAGUGCUGGUGCUGACUGUAUCCCCAUUCAAUCUAAUGGGUUGUGCUUCCUCCCCAACACCAUCCAAGCUCAUGCUUCUUAUGCCUUCAAUAGCUACUUCCAACGCAAGGCCAUGGCCCCUGGUUCUUGUGACUUCUCUGGCACUGCCACUGUUGCCAAAACUGACCCCAGUUAUGGAUCUUGUGUGUAUCCAUCUUCUCCAAGCACCGCCGGAGGGGCAACUACAAGCACGACGCCGACAAACAACCCAAAUAUGCCACCGAUGACCACCACACCAGCAUAUGGUGAUGGUACUGCUGGACUGAAUCCUGGAAGUGGGAUGACUCCACCACUACCUACAGAUAAUUCUAAAGCUUCAAUUGGGCUAAUGACAGCAAAAAACUUGAUACCCAUUUCCCUUUUAUUACUUGUCCUCUCAUUUACUUCUUAGUUCAUGUCUCGCUUUUAAGCAGGAGCUAUAUUGCCCUCAUCUGAAGAAAGAUGCUUGUACAAUUUUGUUAGAAGUUGAAGUCCUCUUUGUUUCUACCAUCUAA